UCAUCUCCCCGCGCCACACAAAGCGCGGAGGCAGACAGAGGUGGCGUGCACGUUGAUGUUUUUAUGAAUUAGCUUAGCUAGCUGCAAGACGGAUCAUCAUCAUCAUCGUCCGGAUAGCUUGACUGAACUCAAAAAUGUCUGUCACCGAGAUGUUCAAUUAUAUCCAGGGCUUUCUGAGCGCCGACCAGGACGUCAGAGAGGAUAUCCGUAAGGUGGUCCAGACAUUGGAGCAGACUGCCAGAGAAAUACUAACAGUACUCCAAAGUGUCCACCAACCAUCUGGAUUCAAAGAAAUUCCCAGUAAAUGUGCAAAGGCACUGGAGUUGUUCUGCACAGUCAGGACACAAAUUUGCAACCUCAAAACAAAAUUUCCUGCGGAGCAGUAUUACAGGUUCCAUGAACACUGGCGGUUUGUGCUGCAGCGCCUGGUUUUUUUAGCAGCCUUUGUUGUCUACCUGGAGACUGAAACUCUUGUGAUUCGGGAAGAAGUGGCCAAGAUACUCGGCAUUGAGGUGGUGCGUGAGAAAGGCUUUCACCUGGAUGUAGAGGACUACCUGGCAGGUGUGCUGAUCAUGGCCAGUGAACUGUCGCGGUUGGCGGUAAACAGCGUCACAGCAGGAGACUACACCCGGCCACUCCGCAUCUCCAACUUCAUCAACGAGCUGGACUCUGGCUUCCGCCUGCUCAACCUGAAGAACGACCCGCUGCGGAAGCGUUACGACGGCCUCAAGUACGACGUGAAGAAGAUCGAGGAGGUGGUUUACGACCUUUCCAUCCGCGGGCUGGCCAAGGAGGGCGAGACUGGCGGGGACAAGUAGAGCUCGGAGGCUGCUGCACCUUACCCCGUCUGGAAGGCAAGACCCAGGGAUCUACCUGAGGCUCCAGCAGCUGAGGACAGGGUGUGCGAUUGUGCGCGCGGGUUUGAGUGUGUGUUUGUGCGAAUGCAUGCAUGAGAGGUGCUUUAGAUGGAUGGCAGUGUGCCAGAAUGAGGCGGC